UAUCGCAGGGAGCCGGGGCGGGGGGACCCGGACCUAGCCGAUGCGCAGCUCCCCGCCCCUGCCUCGCCUCCCUUCUCCGCGUCUCUAAACCCGGACCCGCCCACGUGGGGCCGCAGCCCAUCGAAUGGCUCUAUGCAACGUGUUGGCGGCGGCUGCGCGGGCUCUUCCGGCCUCUGCCGCUUCCUGCAAAGCAGAACCCCCCAUCCCCUGCCCGGCCCCUUGUCUCCUCUAGCCUCCGACCCCCUCAGCUCCCGCCGGCCCAGCCCAGCGCUGCCCCGGCUAAGCGCAAGGCUCUCUGGUUAGCUGCGACUGAGAGCAUCAUGCGAGCACUGCCUUUCCCGGUGCUGCUCUUAUUCCUGCUUGCUGCUGGAGUCUGGGCUAGCAUAUCCUUUCCUUCUCCCAAGCAGCAGCCUCAGCCGCAGCCGCCGGUGCCGCCCGAGGUAAGCCCCAGGUUGGGGCCGGACAAUGCCACCCAGCUGGAAGGAGAGGGGGCGGUGGGCGGCAGCGCCAAUCGGAGCGAAACCUUGGUUACCCGCAUCUCCAGUCUGCUCCGGGACCUGCCCACACUUAAGGCGGCUGUGAUCGUGGCGUGCGCCUUCACCUCUUUCCUCAUCGCCUGCCUGCUGCUCCGGGUAUUCAGGUCUGGAAAGAGAAUAAAGAAAACCCGGAAAUAUGAUAUCAUUACCACUCCAGCAGAGAGAGUAGAAAUGACUCCUUUAAAUGAAGAGGAUGAGGAUGAGGAGGACUCCACAGUUUUUGAUGUCAAAUACAGGUAAAAACCACUAUUCUGGAGUUGUGGCACACCAUGAAAAUCAGUCAGCCAUUGAAAGCCCUGCUGAACCCUUAAGUGUGAAAGGAAGGGUGGAGAACAUCAUCUCUGAAGCAUUGAUACCAAAACAAAUAUUCCCUCUGACUCCAGGACUUUAUUUAUAUUAUAAACUGUUCAGCAGCAGGCAGGCCUGUGUUGAACUUUUGCGUCAAAAUGUCAGAAUUAAGCUCUUCCUUUCCAAACCACUACCUUUGGUUAACCUGUGUCACUUCUAUGAAUAUCUCCUUCAAAUGCCACCAGCUUCCAGUUCUCUCUUUUUGAAGAGAUUAUUUGACAAAGGGAAAGGGUAGAACUCUUUUUUACGUUUCUCCUCUUAAAGCAGGUUUCCACAAGAUGAGAAUAUUUUAAAAAAUACAUCCAGACCCCAAACACUAAAAAGCCAGAAGAAAAUUCAGCUCUACAGUUUAGAAUUAGAUGCUUUUUCUUGUCUGGCUCUUGAGUCUCAAGAUCUGAGAUAAGUUAUGCCAGCCUGUUGGUUACUUUAAAUUCUGGCCACUUGCCUUAAUCUUUUGGUGAGUGUGUUUAAUGGAAAAGCAGAUAUCAAUAAUGGUGACUAGUGGCCCUACACUAAACCAGCCUUGCCAGGAUUGUGUGUUUGUAUGCAACAGAUUUAUUGGUGAAAAAAAUUGUGAUCGCUUGCUACUGAUUUCGACAAUUGCACUAGCCCCUACUGAAUCAUGCUGUUCCUCAUGCUCCAGUGGAGCUAAUUGGUGUCUGAAAUGAAGUAGUUUUUGUUAGGCUUAUUAUUAUUAUUAUUAUUAUUAUUUUAAAGAGUGUGAGUCCAACAGAAUUAGGCUUGGCUGGUUUGAAAAGAAUUGUAGAUUUCAGAAAAAAAAUUAUAUUUUUAUGAUUUUUCCUCCCCUGCUGGGAAAAUAAAACACCAGGCAGCUUUUGGUUUGUGUAAAAGUUUGUGCCAUUUUUCUUCCCCUAACUUUGCCACAGCUUUCUUUGUGUGUGUGAGUAUGUAUGUGUACAUGUGCAUGUGUGCGUGUAUUUCAGUUGCCUAAAUUUAACUGAGUGGCAAUUUUGGAUUGCUGAGAAGAGUUUGGUCAGUGACUGUAUCAGAAGUAAAUUUGGAAAUUUGGAAAUUUGGAAAAAACUGGAAAUAUCUCUGCCACUUUGGGCUUAUGAAUCUCAUUUUACUGUAAAGUAUACAGCAAUUUGGAGUGAGAGAGGUAUUUUUGUUUCCUCUUACACUUCAGGAAUAAUGAAUUUAGGCAGUACAUAUGUCUCUCUCCAAAUUAGAUUUGCAUCAUUCACAAGGAUUGCUGAACUUAUAACUUUAGAAGUAUAUGCAUCUGCUGAUUGCCAGUGACCCAGAAGUGAUUGAAUUUGCCUUUGCUUGAGCAUUGCACUGAAGUCUUUUAGUGGCACCUUUUGGGCCCCAGGAAAUUCAACCUGGCUGGAAACAGUUUUUUCCCCUACUCUUCCCUCCCUUCUGCUUCUUCUCCUUCUCUCCCCUCUCUUUUCUUCACCUCACAAGUUUUUUACCUUUUUUCCCCUUUGUUUGCUCUACACUGUCUUUCCAGCCUUUUUUGGAACUAUUUCUUUUUAUACUUUUUGCUGUUGAUUGGAGGAAGUCUAUUCUAUUAAAAUAUUUCUCUGGCAGCAACCUGGGAAGGUUUCUUAGCAAUUCAUAAGGCUUCCAGCAUUCUGGGGCUCUUGGGACAUCCAUAGACCUUUUUUAUACUCUCUGAGUUUGCUGGUACCAUAAAUAACUUGUGCAGAGAGGGUGCUUUGAAUAUAGCAGGCCAUGAAGACUCCCUCUAAGAAUACCACUUUAUAUUGCCAUAGCAUUUUGAAUCAAACCAGAAAAGGCUUUGUAACUAUUGAAACCAACACACAGUGUCUCCUGGACCCUUGCCCUAUGCAUUGGCUCCAUGUGUUGACCUUUUUCUUUUUCCUUUUUUUUUUAAACCAUCUGCCAAAGUGGGUGGGGAUAGGAACAGAGAAGGAUGUGGUUACUCCCUAUCUCUUGAAAAUGCACUCUCAGCCAGAGUGGUAGCUAUAAAUGACACCUUCCUAUUUACCAUCUGCUCCUUCUGUACCUUUUAACUGAAAUGUGCUGAUACACUGCCUUUUAAAAUAUUCCCUUUCCUCCCUCGCCCCAUUCCAUUUGCAAGAUGGGCCAAAAACCUAGAUUUUCUCUCCUUUAUGAACUGCUUUGUCAAAAUUAUGUUCCUGGAAUCACUUGUGAUCUCUGAAGCAGGUCAAUGUGGAUGACCCUUUAAAUUCUUAUUGGAAUUUUGGAACUCUAGGUAUUUAGGUGAAUGUUUGACUAAAAUGAAUUAUUUCUGAUAGUGAUGCUUUUUGAAAUAGAACAUGGUGCCUUUUUCCCCUUAGGGAAAUGAUUUUAAGGCUUAUUUACUACAAAGCUUUAUCAACAUCAGUUCCAUUGGAUGAUUCCACAAACCUGGUGAAUUAGAUAAAAAAUGUUUAAACAUAAAAUAGUGGUGGGGAGAAAAGUUUUUUUUUUUAAAAAUUUUAUUUUCACAUGGGUAUGUUGGAUAAGGUUUUAGAAACUUUCUUUCCUGGUGUGUAAUAAUGAAACCCAUUUUCCUGAUAGUUUCUGGGAAAGACCUUUGUAUUUUUCUAAAGAUUAUGCCCCACCAUGUCAAGGUCUCUCACUUUUGGCCUGAAUUCAACUUUCUAAGAGUGGUAUUCUUUAUCAUUUCAUAGGUUUGUAUGAUGAGGAUGAGCUUCAGGAGGGAGUUUGUCACUUUCCACCUUUACUAAAAAGCCAGAAAUAAAAUGUGUCUAAUUCUUUUUCUAGGAACUCUUGUUCUUAAUGGCAUUCUAAGCAAUAGUAAAAAUUGAAAAGCAGAUCUUUUCUAAGCUUGGGGUAUUUGAGAUUUACAUAUCUCAGGCCUGGUAUUUGGUUCUGGACUUUGAGGCUGUUUAACCUGCACCCACUCUAGUUCAGGGGCAUUUUCUUCUCAGAGAAAUUUGUUUUAUACUAGUCUAUAGAUACACUUGUGGAGUAGCUCAGGAGGAGGAAAAAGCUAGUUCUGCAGUCAACCUUCUUUAUUGAUCGACUGAGCCACAGAUAGAAAAUGACUUUUUCUGAUUCUCCUACUUGCAUUUCACUCGGAUAAUGGAUUGUGAAGUGGGAAAGUGUCCUUCAGCAUACAUCUUUCCAAUAAAGAAGAUAAGUUUUUUUUUUAUUCCUCGCUAUGCUAUGUAAAGCCCAAGUGGAAGGCAGAAAAGAUAAUGACUCAACACUUAUCACCUCUUCCUUCUAAGUGGAGAGAAUAUUGAAAAGGUGAUGUUAGAAUUGAUUAUUCUAUGGCUUAUGUUGGGGAGGAGGGUUUGGAAGAGGAAGGCUCUGGAAGAAUAUUUUAAAAUGACAGGCUUCAAUUUUUAACCCUAAAGGGUUCCUGGGGAAAGCCUUGAAUUGCAUUGUUAACCCUUAACUGCUAGAUAAAAUGCUUACCUUCUAGACACAACUUUUCACCAUUGCAAAGGUCAAACUAGUUGCAGAAAAGGGUGGCUUCUGGGAGCACUAAUAGUCAACAUUCGCCUAAGAAAGGAUACUAUGCAGUAUUGUCAUCCAAAGAUUGCACUAUUCAGACUUGAAUAUUUCUGCUGGAUUAUCUGGGCUGGAGGGAAGAAAUGGGGCUCUAUUGUACUUUUAUUUUACAAAAUCAUGAAAUUUAAGCUGUCUCUAAAGUGUUUUCGCAGAGGAUUAGAAAAGGCUAUGCGGUGGAGUCUAAGUCAAUAGCUGAUAAUUGCUGACAUUUUUUAAAGAAUCUUUCCUGGUACAAUUUAACUGCUUCAGUAAAUGGAAUCAAUACUUUUUGGGGAAAAACAACAACUGGGGACCUGGAGAAGAUGCCUGAGUCACCAUACCCCAAGGAGAGUUAGUUACUCAAAAGAAGACUCACUUCAUUUUCAGUGACUCCAGCUGAGACUUGGGUCCAGUUGCCAUUUCUUACUGUGUUGUAUAUUUCUACCUACAUAAGCUUAUACUAUGUUGAUUAAAGAAAAAUUUUUAGUUUUUAUUGAGCAGAGAAUUUAGAGUUUAUGAACAUUUGAUGUGAACUCAGUAAUAUAUACUGUAAAGAAUUUUUUAAAAAAUGGAAGUUCUAAGUUGCAUUAUCUUUUGGAAAUGUUUGAAAAUGAAUAGUCUCCAUCCUUUUGAAUGAAUUGUCAUUAACCACUACAUGGAUGUAAGGUAUUUUGUUUGAGUCUUUUGUAUUGCAAAGAACCAGUAUGGUUAUACUUUUAAAAAGUGUCUCAAUAUUUGCUGCUAUUUUGUGUUACAUUGUCUUUAGCUUGCUUCUUACAAUGCUUUAUGGACAAGGAUCCUCCAUCAAUCUCCCCCAAUCUUUUAAUUUUUCUUAGAAUAGAGAACAAAACAGAAAAGGUCACACAACACCAUGACAUGACUUUCCCAGGAGACCUAGGUCACUUUUUAAGCUUCAUUUUUUAAAACCUUACUGGUUGAUUUAAUGAGACUGGAGGGAAGAUGGAUUUUUUUUGGGGGGGGCACUUGCUAUAAGAUGGGAUUCUAGCAUUCUUGUGUAAUUCUGCUGGGAUGUCUUAUUGUUAACAGAGAAGAGUUGUAUGCAGGCCCAUUCUUCAGAACCUUCAUUUUCCUGAAGGAGAACUAUAGGUCAUUUUAGUUUAGGGUUUGAGGAUUUUUUUUUUGGAGGGGUGGGGAAGGGGUUUGGGAUAGGAGAGAAUUGCUUAUAAUUCCCAGAGUGGCUCCCACUUAAAGUCCUUUAUAAGGACUUGAGGCGUGUUUUGGUCUUCAGGUUUGAAAGACAAAUCACUUUAUCUGUUUGCUUUGUAUGUUUUCUAAAAGUUUUUUUUUUUAACACAUAAUUCAGGGGUGCCAACCCUUCAUGACAUUACUACUAGAUCAUUCUUCAGAAUUAGAUUGGGGUUUUGUGGGGCUUUUAUUUCUCUCUUUUUUUGUCUUAUAGAUGUCUAAAUUUAUUUUGCCAUAACCUUUGCUCUGAGCUUAGCAUUGUUUCUUUUGUAAUGAUCCUGUUUUGUAUAAUAUGAGAUACUGAGAAUAUUGUUCAUAUAACUUGUUUUGACAAAA